UGUUUCAACUGCCAAACAACAACUACACCGCUCUGGCGACGUGAUGACAAUGGUAACACCAUCUGCAAUGCUUGCGGUCUAUACUAUAAGCUCCACAAUGUUCAGCGUCCAGUCACAAUGAAACGAACUGUCAUCAAACGACGUAAACGA